AUGAGCUUUCCUAAUCCUGCUACAUCAGUUAAGUUAGUUCUACUUGGUGAGGCUGCUGUUGGAAAAUCAUCAUUAGUAUUGAGAUUUGUUAGUAAUGAUUUUCAAGAAAAUAAAGAACCAACUAUUGGAGCCGCCUUUUUAACUCAAAAAUGUACUAUUGGUUCAAAAGUCAUAAAAUAUGAGAUUUGGGAUACUGCUGGUCAAGAAAGAUUUGCUUCAUUGGCUCCAAUGUAUUACAGAAAUGCUCAAGCAGCCAUUGUAGUCUACGAUGUUACAAAGCCUGCUUCAUUUAUCAGAGCAAGACAUUGGGUUAAAGAAUUACACGAACAAGCAUCUAAAGAUAUAACAAUUGCAUUGGUUGGGAAUAAAUAUGAUUUGGUUGAACAAGAUUCUCCUGAAGAUGAAGAAAAUAAUAUGAGAAAAGUUAGUGUUGAAGAAGGUCAGAAUUUAGCUGAUGAAGAAGGUAUAUUAUUCUUUGAAUCUAGUGCUAAAUCAGGUUAUAAUGUUAAUGAUAUAUUUAUUGGUAUAGGAAGCAAAAUCCCUGAAUCCAAAGUUGCAUCAUCUGCUCCAGGUGGUCAAGGAUCUUCUAAUACUGAAGGUAGAAUAGAUUUAACUUCAAAUGCUGCCAAUAAUAAUAGAAGUGGAGGUGGCGAAUGUGCUUGUUAG